AUGGCCACAUACGACGAAAAAUCGAAAGCCGCGGUUCUUCAACCUGCUGUUUUUGACGUAGAUACCAGAACGGGUUUCCUACCUGCGGAGGUACCUCUUCAACGACUUCCGAGUGGCUGGUUCGCAUGGGAGUUCUUACUAGACGAAGCUAUCAAGAAACGGCUUGCACCUGGCGACAAAGUGGGUUUAACCAGUGAGGAAGCAGCACAAUCCGCUCGAUGGCGGGCUUCAGCGUGCAAGAUGCCAUUGCUUGCUACUGAUCCCCUUCUGAAGGACGAGAGUCCUGCGGUCUCGCGCAGGGCACACCUCGUUCUCGCGUUCCUUCUUUCCUUUUAUAUCCAGACGCUCCCUCCCACCGAGCCUGUCUUGAUUCCAAAAUCCAUCUCAAUUCCCGUUCUUCAAGUAUCGAAAGCUAUCGGUAUGCCACCUGUCGUGACAUAUGCCGAUUGUGUUCUUUACAACUGGAAUGCCCCCAACCUCGAACAACCCUCCUCCUGUUCAUGCCCUAAUUCAAAUGAAUUCUCUACCUUCACCGUCUGUUCGUGCGCAAAACUACUUUCCGAAAACAUUCGUUGCCAGUCCCUGUUCACGGGGCUUGGGGAUGAGGAAUUCUUCUACCUUACAUCGGCAAGAAUCGAACUUCGUGGUGUCGAGGCCCUAGACAUCAUGCGCUGCGCCAUGGACGAAAUUUUCGUGAAUGACACCAUCGCUGUCACUCGUAUCACGAACCUUCUCAGCCGCCUUUCAGUUGUCAUCGGCGAGCUUAAAGGACUUUUGAUGGACUGCCGGAAGGGUUGCGAUCCCGAGCGGUACUAUAACGACGUUCGCCCGUUCUUUAGAGGCGAGGAUGCGACUCACGUGGAGCGUAAAUGGGUGUUCCAGGGCAUCGAGGAAUAUCCAGAUCUGCUCAAUUCCGAUGUAACAAAAGAGUUGUCUGGAGCUAGCGCAGGCCAGAGUUCACUCAUUUAUGCUUUGGAUGUGUUUUUGGGAGUGGGGGAUACACGGACAUCGACUUUCAUGGCCAAGAUGCAGAAGUACAUGCCACGGAAUCAUAGAUUGUUCUUGGACCACCUGUCUUCGAACAGUCGACCUUUGCGACCGUGGGUUUUGGAGAGACAGGAUGGGGAGAAGGGGAAGGAGUUGGCGGAGGCGUAUAACAAGUCUGUGAAGGCGUUGAAGGAGUUUAGAGAUUCGCAUAUGAUCAUUGCGUCGCUUUACAUCUUGGGCCCGGCAAGGAGGGCUAGAGAUCGUUUGCUGAAUCCGCAGGAGGAAAAGGCGACGAAAGGUACCGGUGGAACAGACUUGGUCAAGUUCUUGAAAGGCGUGAGAGACCAGACUGCGGGAACCGUAGUCCCUAUCACUCCGUGA